UAAUAUCUAUGAUUUAUAUAUCUACGAUUUAUAAUAAUAUCGAAGAAUAUCGAUAUUAUAUGCCGACGUACACGUUCGAGAUUAACGGAUACCAGUCAAUGUGUUCUUCAGCAUAAAAAUGAAUGUUAUGGCAUCAGUAGAAGAAGAGAGAGAGAGAGAGAGAGAGAGAGAGAGAGAGAGAGGCAGAGAGCAAAAGAUCACGCAUAAUUCUCGUGUCGGCAAAAUGAAGAUGACAUAUUCGCGAUGGGGUCGUCCCAAUCAUACAAUCGUUAAAAAUUUCUAAACUCGAAUGAAAUUCAUGAAUGAAAUUUGUCGAGCCAAGAAACACGUGUCUGAUUUUACAUACUUAUUAAAGAUCCAACGUUGGAAUUAAAAUUCUUCUUUUUAUUUCAUUCUAUUUUCCCUUUUUUCUUUUCUUUUUCUUCUUUUUCCUGUUUCUUUUCUUUUUUUUUUUUCCUUUUGCGGUUUAUAAAAGAAUAAGAAAAAAAAAAAAAAGGACAGAGUUGUACUAGUUUAAAGAUCAAACAAAAAAAAUAUCAUCAAUGUGAUAAUGUAAGUAUGAUGUAACACGGUAUGUUUAUACGUCAUUCUUUUGUAUAUGCGUCUUUCGUAUUAUUAUGGGAAUCUUCUCUUAUAAUAUCUACAUAAUUUAAUUUCCUCCGGAAAUGUGACAAUAUCGGAUGAAUUAAAUUCACGAAACCCAGAGAAAAGACAUCAAUCUUCGGAAGACAUAUAUUGUGAAAUUCCUAUAAUCUACAGAAAGACUUAUGUCGCAAGCGAAAUAGACCGGUUUUCGUUUUUUUUUUUUUUUUUUUCUUUUUUCUUCUUCUUCAUCAUUUGUUGGUUUUUUCUUCUUUUCUUCUUUUUUUUUUUAAAUUUACUCGUUUUUUCGUUUUUCCAUUAUAUCAUAAUUUUUACGUUAAUAUCAAACAAGUCUAUUAUUUCGGAUGAAAGAUAUAAUAUCGCAUGAGGGGGAAAAAUCGUAUUUUCUCGAUCUCUUCGAGUAUGAAAUAAAAGGAAGUAGUUGGUCGACAUUUUAUCCUGAUGAAAAAUGCAAUAUAAUAUUCUACGUUAGAUCUAUGGGAAAUUGCGGACCUCACCAAUUGAAUUGAAAAAAUCAAGCGGAAACGAGAAGAAAUAAAUGAAGAAGUAGUGGUAGUAGUAGUAGUAGUAAUAGAAUAAAUAGAAACGCGCGUACAAUCUAUUUUCUUUCUCUCUAGUAUAAAGUAAGUAAUUUCAUUAUGAAAUCGUGAUAUUCAGGCGUCUUAUAUUGGAAAAAGAAUGCCAACGAUAGGAUAAGCAAAUUCAUGUUACCUCUCUCUUUCUCUCUCUCUCUCUCUCUCUCUCUCUCUCUUUCUCUUUCGUGAAUGCAUACCACGAGUUAUAGGUGUUGAAUAGAAAUACGUUCGGAGAGUAUUCGAAGGAGAGGUAACUCUGUUAGAGACUCCAUUACCGGUAGCUGCAUUUUCUUCGCCCAUUUACUGGCUCCUACUUAUAUCUUUUCUCCUCCUCAUUUAUCUUUCUCUCUCUCCCUCUCUCCCUCUCUCUAUCUCUCUUUCUGUCUCUCUCUCUCUCUCUCUCUCUCACACUCUCUUUUACCCUUUCUCGCAGAAAGUUCCAGUUGAUAUACAUUACACGUAGACAGACGCGUUAUCAGUUUGUUAAAUACUUCAUCACUCGUUUUGCGUUGUGCCUUAGACGUCUCAGAAUGUCAUUUGGCUGAAUUAAGGAAGGACGAGGACACCAUCAAAAUGGGUACAACGAGUGCGUAUAAAGAUUUGGAGCGUAUCAAUGAUGAUACUAAUCUUAACGGUACUUCGAUCGAGGCCUUCUUUGCUAACUCAGUGAUAUUCGUAACCGGAGCAACCGGUUUUCUUGGAAAAGCUCUCUUGGAAAAACUUUUGCGAUCGUGUCCUCGUUUAAGCACGAUCUAUAUACUGAUCCGUCCAAAAAAGGGUCAAACCGUUACAGAAAGAUUUCAAACGCUCGUUGAUAAUUCGAUUUUCGAUAAAAUUCGUUGCGAACAUCCUGGUGUGAUAAACAAAGUUUAUCCAAUACGAGGAGACGCGAGUGAACCUGAUUUGGGUUUGAGCGUAGAUGAUAGAAUGACACUAACUCAAAAUGUAAACAUAGUUUUCCAUUGUGCUGCCACUGUACGUUUUAAUGAGCCCCUCAAAGUAGCCGUUAUGUUGAACAUAAGAGCGACCGAUCGAGUAUUGGAUCUAUGCAAAUCCAUGAGCCAUCUUAAAAGUCUUGUUCAUGUCAGUACAGCUUACAGUAAUGCCGAUAAACGCGAAGUAAAGGAGCUCGUUUAUAAAACCGAAAUAACGGCGCAAGCCAUCAUGGAUAUGUGUGAGAUUCUUGAUGAUGAAACGUUAAAUGUAUUAGAAAAAAAAUUACUUGAAAAACAUCCAAAUACGUAUACACUCACGAAGGGUAUUGCAGAAGAACUUGUGUCGAAGAAAGGAAUUGGUUUGCCGAUCAUCAUAGUUAGACCUAGUAUAAUUUGUGCAGCUUAUCAGGAACCACUUCCAGGAUGGAUAGAUAAUUUAUAUGGUAUUACAGGUAUUAUUACUGAAAUCGGUAGAGGUACCAUUAGAAGUAUAUACGGUGAUAGAAAGUUAAAAAUCGAUGUUGUACCGGUCGAUUACGUUGUUGAUACAUUGAUAUGUGCGGCAUGGCAUAGUACAAUACAUCGUGACGGUUCAAUACAAGUUUAUAAUUGUGCAAGUAGCACCAUUAAUCCUAUCAGUUGGGGCGAAUUCGCUAAACAUAUAAGAAAACAUGUUAUAGAAUCACCAUCGAAAUAUGUUAUGUGGUAUCCUAAUGUUGGAAUUACAACCAAUAGAUUAGUUCAUAAAAUUAUAGUCGUUAUAUUACACUUUUUACCUGCGUUCUUAGUGGAUUUAUUAUUAAUGUGUCAGGGUAGUAAACCUACCAUGUUGGAUAUGUCGAAACGUAUCGAUCGUGCCGCAAAAGUCGGUGCGUUCUUCGCCUUACACGAAUGGGACUUUGGUUUAGAUAAUAUGAUGGAUUUAAUAAAACAUGUGAAAACUAUGAAUGACUGUAGCCGAUUUCGUGUAGACUUCAAGGAUAUAGAUUGGGAUGCGUAUACGCGUCAAUAUACAUUAGGUAUUAGACAAUAUAUUUUAAAGGAUCAUCCCGAUUCUUUGACCAAAGCACGAAGUCGAUUAUCCAAGCUAUACUGGUUACGUAAAAUGAUUCAGGUCUUGAGCAUCUUAGUUUUGUACAAAUUAUUAAAAUAUGUUAGUUAGUGAUAUUUAAAAGAUUUUCAAUGUUCGUCUUCUUUAAACGAAAGAUUGAUAAAAUGUUAUAAGAAAACUGUCGUGGCCAACAAAAUCAUUAUUCAUUUUUUUAUAGAUAGUAAAUCAGUGAUUUCUUAUCAUAACUUCUUUUUUUUUAAUAAUAAACAUACUAUUUUACUUAUUUAUCAUAAGCAUUAUGGAUUGUAUUGCAAUAUUUGACAAAAAAGAAAAAAAAAGAGAUUGAAUAAGGAGACUGCUGAGAGUAUAAAUAAAUUUCUUCUUGAUCCUAAAUGCAACGUCCACAGAUUUCUUGGUUGAUAUGUAUAUACUUCUUUAUAGGGACAACAAUUACGCUUAACACUCAAAAAUGUACAAAUUUGAUCUUAUAGAUAGAAUUAUAUAAAAUGACAAGGAGAAUCAACGAAGGACCAUCGAUUUCUGAUUUCGAUUUUAAUACUUUUAAUGCAUAUCGUAUUUAUUAUAAAUUUAUGAGAAUCGAUCAGAAAUUUCACAUUUACAAAUGUAUUUCACUAUUACUCAAUUGUAUUAUAUGAUGAUAAAUAAAUACAUUUGAAAUACUUUUAAA